AGUUGACCCGCGGGCGCCAGACGCUGCGCUCCAGCGGGCGCAGCCGCGGCGGCGCGGGCCUCCCUAGCUGACACUCCCCCUGCGCGCCCCUCCCCCGCCGCGGCGGAAUCCCGCCCGCCCUCCGGUCCGCGCGCGAGCCCGAGGCCGCUUCCUCGGUACCAGCGUCUAGAAGGAUCCCGGCCGCGGCGAUUGCGCGGCCAUGGGCGCGCCGGGCUCGUCCUAGGGUCGCGGCGGAGACCGCAGUCGGAGCGCCGCGGUGGCCUCCUCCGCGAGGGAAGCCUGCGACGCUUCUCAGCGAGGCUUCUCAUCGGUUCACGCCGGAGAGCCUCCUCCGCGAACCCCAGCGACGGUCGCACCGGCAGCGCGGCGGGAUGAGCGGUAGCAGCGCGGCGCCGGGCCCGGGCUCGGGGUCCUCCCCGGCCGCCUGUCGCUUCGCGCACUACUUCGUGCUGUGCGGGAUCGAUGCGGACAGCGGGCUGGAGCCCGACGAGCUGGCGGGUGAAAAUUUUGAUCAGAGUCCUCUGAGAAGAACAUUCAAAUCCAAAGUUCUGGCCCACUAUCCUCAAAACAUAGAAUGGAACCCUUUUGAUCAAGAUGCAGUGAACAUGCUGUGCAUGCCCAAAGGGCUGUCUUUCAGAACACAAGCUGACAAUAAAGAGCCUCAGUUCCACUCAUUUAUAAUUACCCGGGAAGAUGGUUCUCGCACCUAUGGUUUUGUUCUCACUUUCUAUGAAGAAGUUACAAGUAAGCAAAUCUGUACAGCCAUGCAGACACUGUACCAGAUGCAUAAUGCUGAGCAGUACAGCAGUGUGUACGCUUCAUCCUCUUGCAGUAUGGACUCACUGGCAAGUAGUAUUGACGAGGGAGAUGCAACCUCUCUUUUGAAACUCCAGCGAUACAACUCUUAUGACAUCAACAGAGACACCUUGUAUGUUUCAAAAAGUAUCUGCUUGAUCACACCUCUGCCUUUCAUGCAAGCCUGCAAGAAAUUCCUCUUCCAACUUCACAAGGCAGUUACCUCACAGCAGCCACCACCCUUGCCGCUUGAGAGCUAUAUCCACAAUAUUCUCUACGAGGUGCCCCUUCCGCCUCCUGGGAGGUCACUGAAAUUUUAUGGUGUUUAUGAACCUGUCAUCUGCCAGAGGCCUGGGCCCAAUGAACUCCCUCUUUCUGACUACCCUCUUCGAGAGGCCUGUGAGCUCCUGGGAUUAGAGAACCUAGUGCAAGUGUUCACCUGUGUUCUUUUAGAGAUGCAGACCCUUCUCUACUCACAAGAUUAUCAGCGCCUGAUGACAGUGGCAGAAGGCAUUACCACACUCUUGUUCCCUUUUCAAUGGCAGCAUGUUUAUGUACCCAUCCUCCCUGCCUCUCUGCUACAUUUUCUUGAUGCCCCUGUCCCUUAUCUGAUGGGUCUUCAGUCAAAAGAAGGAACUGACCGGUCUAAAUUAGAACUUCCUCAAGAGGCUAAUUUGUGCUUCGUGGAUAUUGACAACCAUUUUAUUGAGUUGCCUGAAGAAUUUCCACAGUUCCCCAAUAAAGUGGAUUUUAUCCAAGAGUUGUCUGAAGUUCUUCUCCAAUUUGGGAUUCCUCCUGAGGGCAGCCUACAUUCUAGUGAGAGUGCCACCAAACUGAAGAAUAUGGUUCUGAAAGAUUUGGCUAAUGACAAAAAGAAUGGAAAUGUCCCCAACAACAGCGUCAGCGUGUAUGAGCUACUGAAGGGCAGUGAGACCAUAGCCCGCCUCCAGGCUCUUGCCAAGAGGACUGGGGUGACCAUGGAAAAAAUUGACCUUCCAGCUUCUCUGAGUGAAAAAGAAAAGGAUUUAAAAUUGCAGUGUGAAGAGGCCGACUUGAGGGACUCCCAGCUCAAUGUACAGCUGCGAGAGGUCUUUGCCAACCGCUUUACACAGAUGUUUGCCGAUUACGAAGCAUUUGUGAUUCAGACUGCCCAGGACAUGGAGUCCUGGCUGACCAACCGGGAACAGAUGCAGAACUUUGACAAAGCUUCUUUUCUCUCUGACCAGCCUGAGCCUUACCUGCCAUUUCUUUCACGCUUCAUUGAAACACAGAUGUUUGCCACCUUUAUUGAUAAUAAGAUCAUGUCUCAAUGGGAAGAGAAAGACCCUCUGCUUCGGGUCUUUGAUUCUCGGAUUGAGAAGAUCAGAUUGUAUAAUGUAAGGGCACCCACCCUGCGGACAUCUAUAUAUCAGAAAUGCAGCAGUUUAAAAGAAGCAGCCCAGUCAAUUGAACAAAGAUUGAUGAAAAUGGAUCACACUGCAAUCCACCCACAUCUACUUGAUAUGAAAAUUGGUCAAGGCAAAUAUGAGCAAGGGUUCUUUCCAAAGUUACAGUCCGAUGUCUUGGCAACAGGACCAGCCAAUAACAAUCGCUGGGUGAGUCGAAGUGCCACAGCACAGCGCAGGAAAGAGCGCCUUCGCCAGAGCUCUGAACACAUUGGGCUGGACAGUGACUUACGGGAGAAAUAUAUGCAAGAGGCACGAAGUUUAGGAAAAAACCUGAGGCAACCAAAACUGUCAGAUCUUUCACCUGCUGUGAUUGCACAAACCAACUGGAAAUUUGUAGAAGGUUUAUUAAAAGAAUGCAGAAUGAAGACAAAACGCAUGUUGGUAGAGAAGAUGGGACAUGAAGCAGUAGAACUGGGCCAUGGAGAAGCAAACAUUACUGGCUUGGAAGAAAACACCUUGAUCGCCAGCCUGUGUGACCUACUGGAGAGGAUAUGGAGCCACGGCUUACUGGUCAAGCAGGGGAAGUCUGCCUUGUGGUCACAUUUGCUCCAGUUUCAGGAUAGAGAAGAGAAACAAGAGCACCUCACAGACUCGCCAGUUGCCCUUGGACCAGAAAGAAGAAAAUCUGACUCAGGAGUUAUGUUACCAACACUCAGAGUCUCUCUUAUUCAAGACAUGAGGCAUAUUCAGAACAUGACUGAGAUCAAGACUGACGUUGGACGGGCGCGGGCGUGGAUAAGGUUGUCCCUGGAAAAGAAGCUCUUGUCGCAGCACCUCAAGCAGCUGCUCUCUAACCAGCCACUGACCAAGAAGCUUUAUAAGCGCUAUGCUUUUCUCCGUUGUGAAGAAGAAAGAGAACAGUUUCUUUACCAUCUGCUUUCCCUCAACGCUGUGGACUACUUCUGCUUUACCAGUGUGUUCACCACUAUCAUGAUUCCUUAUAGAUCAGUGAUCAUUCCAAUUAAAAAGCUGAGCAAUGCAAUCAUUACCUCGAACCCGUGGAUCUGUGUUUCAGGAGAGCUGGGAGACACCGGAGUAAUGCAGAUUCCAAAGAACUUGCUUGAGAUGACUUUUGAGUGCCAGAACCUGGGAAAGCUGACUACAGUUCAGAUUGGCCAUGAUAACUCCGGACUGUUAGCUAAAUGGCUAGUGGAUUGUGUCAUGGUCAGAAAUGAAAUCACAGGACAUACAUACAGAUUCCCUUGUGGGCGGUGGCUGGGGAAAGGCGUGGAUGACGGCAGCCUGGAGAGAAUUCUUAUUGGAGAAUUGAUGACAUCAGCUUCAGAUGAAGACCUGGGAAAGCAGUGUCGGACUCCACCACAGCAGAAAUCUCCCACGACAACCAGGAGACUGAGUAUUACCUCACUAACGGGAAAGCCUGCCAAACCCAAUGCUGGACAGAUCCAAGAAGGAAUUGGAGAAGCUGUGAACAAUAUUGUGAAGCAUUUUCACAAACCUGAGAAAGAGAGAGGAAGCCUCACAGUGCUGCUGUGCGGAGAAAAUGGCCUGGUUGCUGCACUUGAACAAGUUUUCCAUCAUGGGUUCAAAUCUGCCCGCAUCUUUCACAAGAAUGUCUUCAUCUGGGACUUCGUAGAGAAAGCAGUGGCUUAUUUUGAAACCACUGACCAGAUUUUAGACAAUGAAGGUGAUGUGCUCAUUCAGAAACCAUCAAGCAAAACCUUCUGCCACUACGUGAAUGCUAUUAACACUGCACCCAGGAACAUUGGGAAGGACGGCAAAUUCCAGAUUCUAGUUUGCCUGGGAACAAGGGAUCACCUGCUUCCACAGUGGAUUCCAUUGCUAGCAGAAUGUCCUGCCAUCACCCGAAUGUAUGAAGAGAAUGCACUGCUUCGAGACCACAUGACUGUCAACUCCCUUAUCCGAAUUCUUCAGACCAUUCAGGAUUUCACCAUAGUCUUGGAAGGAUCACUAAUCAAAGGAGUGGAUGUGUAAAGCAGCCGGCAGAAACUCUUCAUCUACCCCUGGCUCCUGAAGCUUCCGUAACUAUGGGGACCUAUCUGGACCGGUCUGACCAUAGUGAGCACUGCCGGGGCAGUGCACUGGAAGCCCCAGUUUGAACAGUCUCCACUCUGCAGACAAGGCAAAGUGCUGUAUUGUAGUUCAUUUGAACCUGAAAUUUAGUAUAAAAUAGAGUAUUUUCAUGUGUUAGAAGUGUGUAAAUAUGCUAUCUUUAAGAAAUUAUAUUACUCUAAUAAGAUACUUUUCUUAGAUUGAAUAUCCCUGUGACUUAAAAUAAGUAGUUUAAAAAUGUUGGGGGUGGGGAAAGCGGUGCUAGUCAGGAAGAAGCCAGUAAAUGUGUACAUAGUGCAACCCAGGAAGGCUUCUUUUUCCCUCCAGGUCUCACAAAGGAACCAGAAUGCUUUGUCCUGAAGCAGCCAUCCCUCCUGGAGUCCCAUCCUGUGUGUGGUGAAUGUAUACAGCUUUACAUAGUGUACAGCAGUCCUCAUUGUACCUUUUAAGUUAUAAACCAUUUAAUACAUUUGAAUUAUGAGUAAUUUUUUUAGUUUUUGGGAACGUUUUUCAUUGGCAUAAGGAAAAGAUAAUUAAAGUAUUUUAAAUAUCAGACCCCAGCAAGGCAUAGUGGCGCACUCCCAGCACUAGGGAGGCAGGGGCAGGUGCAUCUGAGUUGCAGACCAGACAGAGCUACAUAGCAAGACCCUAUCUCAACAGAGAGAGAGAGAGAGAGAGAGAGAGAGAGAGAGAGAGAGAGAGAGAGCGCAAAUACCAGAUCCCAAGAGCUUGGCUAAUUGGAAAGCAAACACAAGAAGCCCUGAGAAGCAUGGGACUUUAACUUCUUUACUUUUGAAAGAUUAGCCUGGAGGCUUCGUUCUUGGAAUUUUUAUUACUGUUCUUUGAUAGGGCUUUUGAGAUAAUGAAUUUUAGUAUCAAUCAUAUAGCCAUAACUGUAAGAAACAGUGUGACUUUUAACUUGGCCAUCUAAACUCUUUAAGUGGAGCUAAACUACCAGCCCAGUCUUUGUUAGGUUCCAGCCACUCCCUCUGUCCGCCCCAUCCCCCCUCUCAGGAAAUAAAAGGAAUGUGGGAGAAGGAGGAGGUCUCAGUGUGAUUUGGAAUGCUUUUGUGAAGGUAUUUGUUGACCAUGAUAAUGCAAAUAACAGAAGCUGAGAGAAAGAAUGAAGCCUUUCUGGGUGUUUCAGGGAAAUGUAAAGCAAUUGUCCCAGAGAAGUUAAAAGCCACUGUGGCAGACUGAGGAGUGAAUUUGACUCAAGAGACAAUUUAGGAACUCCUGAAACCUUUCUAGUUUGAUAGCUUAUUUAUUUUUUUGUUAAGCAAAUGUUAGCAACUACAUAAAUCUUUAUCUUUUGGUGAGUAAGUUUCGGAACUCUAAUUAGGCACCGAUACCUUGUUAGUAGCAAAAUUGCCUCGGCAGAGCUCCAGGUUUUAUUCCCUGUUGUAGCUGAAAACCCAAGCCAUGGCCUCUCAGGAUCCGUGUGCAAUCUCAGGGCCCUGGGCUCUUGCCAGCAGUGCUGUUUUCCUGUUUACUGGAGGAAGGGACUAAUAGAUCAAGUACCUCAUGCCCUUUAUCAGAAACUCUGAAGAAAAGGGUUGCUGAGGAUACAUUUACACACCCAUGGAAAGAAAGGGCUUAGAACAUGUCUCUAGAUGACCUGUGUAACCCAGUGGUUUGUUUACUUAGAAUAAGGGUGUUUAUAGUAGAAUGAGAGUAUUCUAGAGACCAAUCUACUUACUAUAGGAAACAUCCACAAAUUAAGAUACAGUCCAUCCCAGGGUUUUAUUGCUGUCUUUUCCCAUGGGGCCAUCCUGAUGCUGAGCGCUUGGUGGACUUUUAAGUCAGUGUUCCACAGUUGAGUCCCAACAGCAAGUACAGCCUCUUCAUUUUAUAGGUGAAAAUAGGACACUUCAAAUCAAAGACUUUGUAUUCUUGCCCUCUCCCCCUUGACAACACAAGGGUUAGAAUUUAUGCUUUUUACCACACCCGAGAGCAUGAAACCAACCUCGGAGACAUUCUUACUCAGGAUCAUUUCUUCUGUUGAAUCUUCAGUCAACUGUACAGAUAGGAAGCUAUGUUUCUGUGAUGCAGAAUAAUAAGGACUGAAGCUUGCCUUGCCGCGUUAGAUUGUUUUGUUGUUGUUUGUGAAACAGGAUCUCACUGUAUAUCCCUGGCUGGCCCUGGAACUUCAUUUGUAGACCAGGCUCACCUGGAGAGAUCUACCUCCUAAGUGAGGGAUUCAUGUGAGAGCCCUGCCUACCAAACUGUUCUUAAUCUCUUAGGCAUUACAUCUGUGGUUAAAAAAUGGGAGCAGAGUUGCAUUCCAGCUUAAGUUUAAAACUGUUACUUAAAGUAGUACCAAAAAAACAAAAAAUUACCUAUAAAGUUUUUUGUUCCACAUGAUGUCCUUUGGAUGAGCUAAUGGCUAGCCUUAUGCCUUGCUCAGACAGCUGGGCCUCGUGGGAGCUGCUUAACUGACCCAUAGCCCAUUCCUUUGAAUUUCCCACUGGCGAUAGAUCUUAGCCGUACAGGAUAAAUUUAAUAUGUAGAAACACUGUAAAGACCUUAGGGUGUGAUAAAAAAGAAAAAUGUUUCCACUGAAUUUGGGGUUACCCAUUGCAAAUGAUAAAGAAGUAAGGCUUCUUAUGUGACCUAUAACAAACUGAAUCAAUAUGGGAAAUGCAUCACAAUGGUAACAUUGCUCAAAACAGAUGCAUAUAAUCGUACAAGCUGACUUCUGUAAGGACCAUACAACAGGCAUCCUUCGUGCUGUGCUAUUUAAAAACAAACAGACAAAAAACUUAGUACAAAGCUUUAGAAUCACCGCAUAGAAAAUGAAAAUCAAAACUUUAUUUGCGUGUGUGCAAAUAAAUUUAAAGCAAAUACCUGGGACCAAGAUUAAUAUCCUACGUAGUAACUAAAGUUAAAUUGGCAAGGAGAGGUAGCUAAGCAGUUAAGAGCACUGGCUGCUCUUGCAGAAGACCCAGGUUCAUUGCCAGCACCCACAUGGUACCUCACACCCACCUAUUACUACAGUUCCAGAGGAUCGGAUGAACUCUUCUAACCACCUUGGGCACCCAGCAUAGUGAACAUACAUUCGUGUAGGCAAAACUCUCAUGAAAUAAAACAAAUCUUUUUUUAAAUAUCUUAUUAAAUGUGCAGUGGCUGGGGAUGUAGCUCAGUGGUAGAAUGCCUGUGUAGUAAAUACAAAACCUUGGGUUCUGUCCUCAGCACAAAUAAAAUUGCCAAAUUUUUAACUUCUUCAAAAGCUUGUUCUCCAAGUCUUUGUUUUGAGUAAUAAAAUCUCUAAUCUUAACCUUCAUGUCACAUUUCUGGUGGCCUUACAGUGGCUUGCAUAUUAUAUGUGAAAAGCUCUCAAUGCUUUAAGAAGGAAGUACUUUGGGCUGGUGAGAUGGCUCAGUGGGUAAGAGCACCCGACUGCUCUUCCAAAGGUCCAAAGUUCAAAUCCCAGCAACCACAUGGUGGCUCACAACCAUCCGUAACGAGAUCUGACUCCCUCUUCUGGAAUGUCUGAAGACAGCUACAAUGUACUUACAUAUAAUAAAUAAAUAAAUCUUUAAAAAAAAAAAAAAAAAAAAAAAAAAAAGAAGGAAGUACUUUAGUACUUCACAAUGACUGAGCUUCUCCAUGUGAGGUAGGGUUGUGAGUCAGAAAGCAGGCUGCCAGGAACAAGUGAAGACCCCUGACUUGACCCUGUUUCCCCUGGGAAUGAAAAUCUGAUGGAGGAAACCUAAAAUUUGCAACUGUUGAAUUUCAUCUAAAAUUCAUUUUAAAUGUUCAUAUUUAUUGUACCUUUUCUAGCUCUGUAGGAUUUAUUUAACAUGACUUUUAAAAUUUUUAUUUUAAUGAACUUCUAUAGCACUGUAUGAGUAAUAAACAUUUGUUUCUACUUCCUUUUCUGACAGUAAGCACAUGUAUAAGUGUAAUGAAAAACAGAUUAAGGCUAUACAUAGGACUUUGUGUCUGACAUGUGUCAAUAUCUCUAAAAUAGGAAGUAGUAGACAAGGCCAGGGAAAUAUUUGACAGUAUUGGGAAGAGAGUUCUUUACAAUGUGAAAUAUCUUCUAAGAAUAAUGGCUUUUCAAUAGAGUAUUCAUUUAGGAAAUUGUUUUUUCUCUGAAGUUUACAGAAGCUAGUCUACCCUUUUCAUGGUGUUGAAAGGGUGUUCUAAACUUAUAUAUUUCAGUAUUAGCACAUCUUUAUUGAUUGACAACAGAGUACUCUACUGCUUUGAUAGAGUAAAUGGUAUCUCUAAGCCUCUGUGUCUUUUGUUUGGUUUAGUUUUGCUUUUUUUUUUUUUUUUUUUUUUAAGAGUCCUCAAAGAGGCCUUGGCUGUCCUAGAAUUCACUCUAUAGACCAACCAUGCUGGCCUUGAACUCACAGACAUCCACCUGCCUUUGCCUCCCAAGUGCUGGAAUCAAAGGCAUACACCACCACACCUGGCAAGCAUCAGUGUCUUUAGAAAUCUUUGUUUCUUUCUCUCUCCUCUUUUAAAGAUUUAUUUAUUUUUUAUGUGUACAUCAUUCUGGCUGCAUGUAUGCCUGCAGAGCAGAAGCUUAUUAGAGAUGUUAUUACAUAUCUCAUUACAGAUGGUUGUGAGCCGCCAUGUGGUUGCUGGGAAUUGAACUCAGGACCUCUGGAUGAGCAGUCAGUCAGUGCUCUUAACCGCUGAGCCAUCUCUCCAGCCUGAAAUCUUUGUUUCUUAUGUAGCUAUUUUUUUUUCAAUAUCAUUUAGAAUAACUGGGAGACUUUCUGUCUCUUUUAACUUAUGUCCCUUUUUUAAAAAAAUACAUGUACAAUUUUGCUCAAUCCAAUGGACCGUUGAGCUUUGUAAAGAAGUUUGCUUUUGCGGUAUGAUAAAAGGCAUCCAAGGAGGGGCUGGAGUGAGUUCAGUGUUAGAUGUGCUUAACAUACUUACACAAGGCCCUGAGCAGCACUCCAGCAAAAGAAAAUAAACUCAAGGAUGAUUAUAGCCGCCCUCCCCCCCAAGUCUGAUGUCUCUCUCCCUCUCUCAAGGAUAAGAUCAAAAUUGAUUUCAGAAAGACACAUUGAGGUGUUCAUAUUUAUAUCAGACUGAAGAAAAGUUCAUCAAAUAAACUUCCCCCUCUUGGAAGGGUUCUGUCAUGUCCUUAGUGAUUUAGGAAGUAGCCAUGCUUGCUUGGUCCAAUUACUUGUGUGUUGGAUCCAAGAUGUAUUUUAAACAAAUAUUGGCAUAGAUAGUAAGGAGUUUCUGUUGUCAGUCAAAUGAGGAUAUAAAACAUAGAAAAAAAAAUCUUAUGCUACACUUGAGCCUCAUAUAAAGAUAGCCUGUGUUUUGUUGUUGUUGUUGUUGGUUUUGUUUUUAAUUACUAUUUCUGCAUUUAAAUUAUACACUGUUUUCCUUUGUAUUAUUAACAAUGUAUGUCAGAACUGGAGUUUUCUCCCCUCCCCCAUCUGAACAUAAUAUAAAAUCUGAAAAGUAUUGUGACAAGCACUUUAACAUAUCAGACAAACUGACAUGGGUUUUCAGGUUUUGGAGUACAUUUAAAUAUGACUUUUCAUGCUUUGUUCUUUACAAUAAAACUGUGGGGUUGAUACU